UUGAGCUAGGUGAAACAGGCAACCGCUUAUCACUUAUCUUGACGGCCGCACUGGCGAGAGCGAGAAGAACCAUCUGAAGAUGGCGGGAAUCCUUUCCGCCCAUCUCUCUUCGAACUCUCGCCUCCUCUGCUCUUCUCUGCUCUCACAUUCAGUCCCGUCUAAUUCCCGGGCAAGCUUUCGGGUUCUUCCGGGAAUGCCCUUGCGUUCUAGGUUUCCUAGAAUAUAUGCCUUCUCGAGUAAUGACAUUAGGGUUGGCAGCAGUAUAGAAGUGGAUGGGGCUCCUUGGAGGGUUUUAGAAUUUCUUCAUGUCAAACCUGGAAAAGGGGCUGCUUUUGUGAGGACAAAAGUACGGAACUACAUAACGGGCAACACAGUUGAGAAGACCUUUCGAGCUGGAAGCACGCUUCAAGAAGCAAAUGUGGUAAAGGAAACCAAGCAAUAUACAUACAAAGAUGGCUCCAAUUAUAUAUUCAUGGAUCUGGCUACUUAUGAAGAAACCCGAUUGAGUGAUGCAGAAGUAGGUGAUAAAAUGAAGUGGUUGAAAGAAGGAACGGCAUGCAAUUUGCUAUUUUGGAAUGGACGGGUUAUUGAUUUUGAACUUCCCAUCACUGUUAAGCUAACAGUAACUGAUGUCGAUCCAGGUUUAAGAGGAGACACUGCACAAGGAGGAUCCAAGCCAGCUACACUUGAAACUGGUGCUGUGGUAAAUGUUCCAUUGUUUGUGGAAAGAGGUGAGGAGAUAAUGAUAGACACUAGAACAGGACAAUACAUGAGCAGAGCAUGAGCAGAGCAUGAGCAGAGGUCUUUUGCUUCAGAUGACCUCAAGCUUUUUGGGCAUUGGAAUGGCCUUCUUGAUUUGUUUUGUUGUACAAGAUGAUGUAAGCUUGCCAAUUCUCAUAGAAUCAGCAAAGAAAUUUAAGCAGUAAGAAAGCCGUUCCAAACAAA